AUGUCCACUGUAAACACCACCACUCAAAAGCUCACCAAGAAGCAGAAAAAGAGCCUAGCAUUCCGGGACCGCAAGUCUGGCAAAAAGUCUUCCUCUUCCACCGACACUACUACCGCUAUCGCCAAUUCUACCACCAAUUCUACCAAGGAUGCCGACUUCUUGGCAAUGGACGAUAAUGCAAUCCCUGCCAUGGACGACGAGGAUAUCGCUGGUUUGGAAUGCGAUAGGAUGGAAGUUGAGGGAGAUGAGGACGAGAAGGGCAGUAAGAAGGGAGGGAAGAAGGGAGCGAGCGAUGGCAAGGGGAAGGGUAAAGGCAAGGUUGCGGUUCGAGCAGAGGAGACUGGGGACGCUGUUCUGGUGGCUAAGACCUCGACGACAGGCAAGGGCAAGAAGCGGAAGAGGGAGGAAGGGGAUAUUGACGGGGAGGAGAAGGACGGCGGUGAGGACGGGAUGGAUGUAGACGGCGAAGGAGAGAAGAGGGCGAAAAAGAAGGCAAAGGGUGAUAAAACGCAGAGGUUCAUUUUGUUCGUUGGGAAUUUAAAAUACACGACGACGAAGGAGGCGAUUCAGGCUCAUUUUGCUGCCGUCUGUGAUCCACCACCAACCGUCCGCUUGCUUACUCCCAAAGCAAAGCCUGGCGUGGCGGCAAGGCCAAAAUCGAAAGGCUGCGCAUUCCUCGAGUUCGAGACCAAAGCGCCAUUGCAACAAGCGCUCAAACUUCACCAUUCCAUGCUUGAGAGCCGAAUGAUCAAUGUUGAACUGACCGCGGGCGGUGGGGGUAAAUCAGAGGCCAGGUUGAACAAGCUACGGGAACGAAACAAGGCUUUACUUGGUCAAAGGCAAAAGAAAGUGGACAAGGGCACCAAAGGGUCAAUACCUUCGCAACCUGACAAACCACAACGAUAUUCGGCGACCUCUGGAAUCGACCAAGCACCGACGACGAAGAGAACCUGGUCAGUGGGCGACACUGUCGAGGAGACGACGAAUAGAGGCGGUAAAAGGAAACAGAGAGGCAACAGGAAACCGAAGAGCUUAGGAACAGGAGUGAACGCAAUACCGGUUGGUUAG